AACCCGCUUACACUUCAUACUUUCUCUCACUCGCACCCCUCACAGCCGUUCCCUCUUCUCCCCCUGGCUUCCAGGACGCCAUAACUGCGGCCAUAACUUAUCUCUUUAUCUUCCUCUAUUAAACCCUAAUAAAAAACGAUUCAAAAGUAAAGUCCAGAAGAUGGCCUUAGCGCAUGAGUUUGCAACGGGUACGGUGGAGGCGGUGAAUUUUGGUGUAAUGACAGAUGAAGAAGUCAGGAAACUUAGUGUUGUUAAAAUUACGAACAGUAAUUUGUUGAAUGCUGUUGGCCGACCUGAGCCUGGUGGUCUUUAUGAUCCUGCUUUAGGUCCAAUGAACGAUCAUAUUCCUUGCAUAACAUGUGGCCUGCGUUCCUUUUAUUGCCCCGGACAUUUUGGUCAUAUUGAUCUUGUGUCAUUGGUUUACCACCCUCUACUGUUCAAUAUGCUCUAUCGUCUUCUGCAGAAUACGUGUUUGGCAUGCUACCAUUUUAAGGCAUCUCGGGAGGAGGUUGAGAUGUGCAUUUCUAAAUUGGAACUCAUAAUGAAGGGUGAUGUUACUAAGGCUAGAAUGUUAGACUCUGCUUUAAGUGAGCAUCCUGAUGAUAGUGGUGACAACCUCCAUUCGAGUGGGCACUCCAAUAAUGGCAAACAUAAUGAUAAUAAUAAUGAAAAGGGUUGGACCUCUUUUCAGCUUACAGAAGCACACUCAGUUCUAAAUAGAUUCUUGAAGAAAAGAAGUGGGAAAUGCAGUUGUGGGGCGAAGAAUCCUGCUAUUACUAAACCUACCGUAGGUUGGAUUUACAUGGGUGGCCUGAGUGAAAACAAAAUAAAAGAAAAUAUCAUCCGAGGGCACAAGUUGGAUGGACCUUUAGCCGACGAAGAUGCUGACAAGACUCUGUCUGAGGUAGAAGAUUUUGAAUGCCGUAAUGCUGGACCAGGGGCAUCUAAAAAUCGGAGGAUUAAGAAAGAUGACGUCCAGUUGGAAUUCAUGAAGUGGAAAGAAGCACGAUAUCUCUUACCAACAGAAGUCAGAAAGAUCCUAGAGCUGCUAUGGCAAAAUGAGGCUCGAUUAUGCUCAUUUAUAUGUGAUAUCCAGCAACGUCACCAAAAUACUCAGAGAAAGUCAGCUUUUAUGAUGUUCUUCUUAAAAGCUCUUCUUGUACCUCCAACGAAGUUUCGUCCUCCCGCCAAGGGAGGUGAAUUAGUGAUGGAGCAUCCACAAACCAUUUCAUUGGGCAAGCUUUUGGAUUCUAAUAAAUCCUUGGCUAAUGCUUAUGAGAAUAAAGCUGAACAGAAAGCUGAGCGCACCUUUAUUAUUAGUAGGUGGAUGAAUCUUCAACAAUCUGUUAAUGUUCAUUUUGAUAGCAAGAAUGCAACUGGCCAAAGUGAGACAACUUCUGGAAUAUGUCAGUUGCUGGAAAAAAAGGAGGGUGUAUUUCGGCAGAAAAUGAUGGGGAAGCGAGUUAAUUAUGCAUGUCGUUCUGUAAUAUCACCUGAUCCUUAUUUAGCUGUCAAUGAGAUCGGGAUUCCCCCUGUUUUUGCUUUGAGAUUGACCUAUCCUGAGAGAGUUACUCCAUGGAAUGUGACAAACUUAAGACAUGCUAUUGUUAAUGGGCCCGAGAUUCACCCUGGUGCCACGCUUUAUGUUGAUAAAACGAGCACAACGAAAUUAGCUUCUAGCAGGAAAUCUCGCAUUUCUGUCGCUAGAAGAUUAUCUUCUUCAAGAGGAGUUGCGACACAAGCUGGAAAGACUUUUUGCAAUGAAUAUGAAGGGAAGGUUGUAUACCGUCACUUGCGCAACGGGGACAUAGUUCUUGUUAAUCGACAGCCCACACUCCAUAAACCGAGUAUUAUUGCACUUAAAGUUCGUGUCUUGCCUGGUGAACGGACCAUUCGUUUUCAUUAUGCAAAUUGCGACUCCUUUAAUGCUGAUUUUGAUGGUGAUGAAAUAAAUGUUCACUUCCCACAAGAUGAGAUAUCCCGUGCUGAAGCUUACAACAUUGUAAAUGCUGAUAACCAGUAUAUUGUUCCUACUCGUGGUGAUCCUAAAAGAGCAUUAAUUCAGGAUCACAUUGUGGGUGCUGUACUUCUCUCAAAGAGAGACACUUUUCUUACGUUGGAAGAAUUUAAUGGGCUUCUUUAUAUGUCUGGUGUGUGCUCUUAUGGUGGAUCCUCUCUCAAUACCAAAUCCGGGAAGAAAAUAUCUGUAGUGGACUCAGAAACUUUUAUACAGGCUCAUCCACCUUCUAUUAUUAGACCGCAGAUAUUAUGGACAGGGAAGCAGGUCAUUACGGCAAUCUUGAAUCAUAUAACGAGAGGAUAUUCACCAUUCACUGUUAAAAAGCGUGCUAAAAUUGCUCGAGAAUAUUUUGGGAGGGAUGAAUCUAAGAAGAAUGAUGAACGCCUGAAUACAAUUAAAGGCAUUUCUCAAAAGAAAAAGAAUAGGUUGAGUUCUAGGAAGAUGAUUGUUAAUGAUUUGAGAACAAGCAUUAAACAUAACAUGGAUGAAGAUGUUGUGUUUGUUUACAAAAAUGAGCUAGUCCAAGGGGUUAUUGACAAGGAGCAGUUUGGCAAGUUUGGAUUAGUUCACACUGUCCAGGAGAUGUAUGGGUUUAGUGCUGCGGGCAAUUUGCUUUCUGUAUUAAGUCGUGUUUUGACUGCUUUUCUGCAGAUGCAUGGUUUUACUUGUGGAGUUCAUGAUCUGCUUCUGGUACCAUCUUAUGACAAAGAGAGGAAAAAAUUACUUGAAUUAUGUCUUAAUUGUGGAGAGGAUGUUCACCAGCAAUUCAUUGGCCAUGAGAAAGAUCAUUUAGGUUUUACCGAGUUACAAACAGAAAUUGAGAAAGCCAUUCGACAUAAUGGAGAAUCUGCAAUAGCACUUCUAGAUGGAAUGAUGAGAAGCAAGCUUAAUACGUUGAAUUCAGCUGUUACUAAGCUAUUUCCUGAAGGAUUAAUAAAACCUUUCCGAAAAAACUGUCUUUCUCUUAUGACACUGUCUGGAGCUAAAGGUGGCGCUUUUAACUUCCAGCAAAUCUCUCUUUUGUUGGGUCAGCAAGAGUUGGAAGGGAAGCGUGUACCUCGUAUGGUCUCUGGCAAGACAUUGCCAUGCUUUGUCCCUUGGGACAGUUCAGCUCGAGCCGGAGGAUUUAUCAGUGAUCGUUAUCUUACUGGUCUUCGCCCCCAAGAAUUUUACUUCCAUUGUAUGGCUGGUCGUGAAGGACUAGUUGAUACCGCGGUUAAAACAUCUCGAAGUGGGUACUUGCAAAGGUGCUUAAUUAAAAACCUGGAGUGUCUCAGUGUUCAAUACGACUACACAGUUCGUGAUGCAGAUGGUUCCAUUAUACAGUUCCGCUAUGGAGAAGAUGGGGUUGACAUUCAUCAGAAGAAUUAUAUGCAAGAAUUUGAAGCAUUAGCAUUGAAUCAACCGCUGAUUGUUAGCAAAAAUCCUCCAAUUAAAAAUGGAUGUGUAUCCAAGUACAUUGAAGAAGCUAAUGAUAUUCCAAAUCAACUUUCCAAGGAAGCGAUGGAAUUCUUGAAUAAUCAUGCAGAAGCAAUGAAUCUUCCAUUCAGAUGCCCAGAGGACCAUGCCAACUUUCUUAAAGUAGUCAAAAACAAAUAUUACAGUAGUCUUGCCCAGCCUGGGGAGCCUGUGGGAAUUAUUGCCGCUCAAUCAGUUGGAGAACCAUCCACUCAAAUGACAUUGAAUACCUUCCAUCAUGCUGGUCGAGGAGAAAUGAAUGUGACAUUAGGAAUACCACGUUUGCAAGAGAUAUUAAUGACUGCUUCAGUUUUCAUUAAAACUCCAACCAUGACAUGCCCUUUGCUGAAGUGCAAAACAAAGGAUGAUGCAGAGCAGCUUGCUGCAAAGUUGAAGAGGAUUACAGUUGCUGAUUUGAUAGAAAACAUGGAAGUUAGUAUUGUGCCAUUUUCCAUUGAGAAGAAUGAAAUCCUCAGUAUUUACAAGCUUAAAAUAAAGCUUUAUGAUCCUAAGCUUUAUCCUCCUCACAUUGAUCUGACAUUAGAAGACUGUCAAAGAGCCCUACUUAAUGAAUAUUUGGACGAAUUGGAAACGGCAAUAAAAAAUCAUUUGCUUUUACUUUCAAGAAUCGCUGGCAUCAAAUCUGUAGCCCAACUAAAAGGUUCAGAUGAGAUGGAUGGCGAUGACUCUGAAAACAAGUCACGACCAGAUGAUGAUGAUGAUGGCGACAGUGAUGCGGGCAAUGAUGAUGGGGCUGAUGAUUUAGGUGUAAGGGAUCAGAAAAGGAAGCAGCAAGGUACGGAUGAGAUUGAUUAUGAGGAUGACUCUGAAGAGGAAGAUGAGGAACGGACGCCGGUUGCUGAAAGUCAGCAUGAGUUGGAACAGGAUGAAAAUGAAGAUGAAGAAGAGAAUAUGGAGGAAGACAUGCCAAAAACAUCCUCUGACCUUAAUUCAGAAGAGGAAAAGGUGAAACCACAAGCAAAACUAAGAAAUAAGUCAGAUGGUGAUAUAACAGUACAUGUAGCUUGUGAGGGACUAUAUUUUGAAGUUCAUUUUAAUUUCACCAAUGAACCCCACAUAUUGCUGGCACAGAUAGCUGAGAAGGCAGCUAAGAAAGUUUAUGUCAAGAGUGCUGGCAAGAUUGAACAAUGUAAAGUAGUAGAGCUUCAUUUGGAUGAUUCUGGUAAGGGUGGGAUUCCGAUGCUUAGAAAGGGUAAGGAAUCUCGUCUUGCUCUACAGACUGCAGGUGUAGAUUUUAAAGCUUUCUGGGAUAUGCAAGAUGAGCUUGACAUUAGGUUCGUUAGUUCAAAUGACAUAAACUCGAUGCUUAAUACUUAUGGGAUCGAAGCUGCAAGAGCAACCAUCGUAACAGAAAUCUUUACGGUUUUUGGCCACUAUGGAGUUACGGUGGACAUUCGACACUUAACCUUGAUUGCUGAUUACAUGACACAAACAGGCGGGUAUAGGCCGAUGAGCAGAAGCGGUGGUAUAGCGGAAUCGAUUUCUACAUUUAGCAAGAUGUCCUAUGAAACUGCUUCCAAGUUCCUUACAGAUGCGGCUAUUCGUGGAGAUGUAGACAAUUUGGAAACUCCUUCGGCUAGGAUUUGUCUUGGCUUGCCCGCUAAAGUUGGCACUGGUUGUUUCGACUUGAUGCAGGAUUUAGAUGUAUAGUAUAUGCUAAUUUAAUGGGAAUACACAUGCAAUCGGCUAUUUAGAUAGUGUUUACAUGAGAUGGUGCCUUCAAUAUCCUUGGGUAUUUAAAUUUUUUUGUGUUUUUGGUUUUAUUAUUAUAAGAAAAUUAUUAAAAUAGUACU